GUGAGUGAGAGUCACAGCAUCCAAAUCCACAGUCAUGGGGUUGUCGGUGUGUGCAGUGCUGGAGGACUAAUUUAUAUUUUUAUACAUUUUUCAUGCAUACUCGAACUACGGUCGUGUCACUUUUUUUCCUUUUUUGUCAAGUUUGAUUGCUGAGUGAAGCAUGUCAAAGACUGCAUCAGUGUCUCCGGUUGUUUCUUUUGGAUCAUUUGCCGUGGAUUCAUCAUCAUCACCAUCAUCUCGGGGAAACUCGACGGGUGCAUCUCGCAUUUUCUUUGAUACAUUUUGGGUCUGAAUGCACAGCAGAGCGCACGCCGUUAUAGGCGGAGGUGAUGUGCUGAAAGAAGACAAUGCUGCUCAGCCCGUCCAUCACUGGCCACUGUUUUUGGCUCCGUGAGCUCGGCUGUCGGCUCUGCUGUGUCUUUACGCGCUGAGAGGAGCGAAAGAGAGGGGAGGCUUUCCCGUCAGCUGAAUCACGCACCGCCACAGAAUUGAUUGACUGAUCUGAGCGGAGGAAGGAGAGAGGAGGGGGGUGGGGGGCAUUUGGAUGUGAGACUUCUCCAAAAAAUAUCUGCUGGUUUACUGAGGUUCAGGGGAGGAAGGGGACCAGUCACUGGACAUUUGGACAUUUGUUUGUUUUCUUUAUAAUUUUUUUCUUCUUUUUUUAAUAUAAUUUCACUCCACCUUUUCUACCUAGGGAUAGGGGAGGAUAAAGGGAGAUCAAGAGAAGAGGGAACACCGGGUUGACGCUGCUGUGCGGGGGGGUUAGUUGGGAGGGUGGGAGAGAAAAAUGCUGCCUUCGCAAGAAGCCUCCAAAAUCUACCAUGACAAUUACAUGCGCAACUCCAGGGCCAUCGGGGUCCUGUGGGCCAUAUUCACCAUCUGCUUGGCCAUCAUCAACGUGGUGGUCUUCAUCCAGCCCUACUGGAUCGGCGACAGCGUCAACACUCCCCAAGCCGGCUACUUCGGCUUGUUCCACUACUGCGUGGGCAACGGGAACUCCAACCGGGAGCUCUUGUGCCAGGGCAGCUUCUCCGACUUCAGCUCCAUCCCGUCGGGAGCCUUCAAGGCGGCCUCCUUCUUCGUAUUGAUGUCCAUGGUGCUCAUCCUUGGCUGUAUCGGCUGCUUCGCCCUCUUCUUCUUCUGCAACACCGCCACGGUCUAUAAGACGUGCGCCUGGAUGCAGCUGCUAUGCGCCGUGUGUCUGGUGCUUGGCUGUAUCAUCUUCCCCAACGGCUGGGACUCAGAGGUGAUCCGGGACAUGUGCGGAGAGGACACAGGGAGGUACACCCUGGGCAACUGCUCAGUGCGCUGGGCUUACAUCCUGGCUAUCAUUGGCAUCCUGGACGCCCUCAUCCUCUCCUUCCUGGCCUUUGUGCUCGGCAACCGGCAGAGUGACUUCCUGCAGGAGGAGCUGAAGGCUGACAACAAAGAUUUUGCUGUGUCAAGGCUCCAUCUUGGCUCAUCUCUACAAAUGGAUGGAAUUGAAAUCCGGGACACCAAAGAUCCAAGAUUUGGAGUCCAGCGGUUCCACUGAGAACCAGACUUCUCUCCUCUUCUUCCAAUCCCCCACCUCCAUCCGUCCUGCUCUUGCUCCUCCUCUUCUCUCUGAAGCUCUUCAGGUUAAACCUUUGAUCCGGGCCUGGAGGCCAAACUCCAGCAGUUUGUAAAAUACAGCCGAAGUGGAAUCACCUAACAAAGGCAAACCCGGUGUGAUGGAAGAGAAACACAUCCUGAGAGGAAGUAUGAUGAUCAGCUUUACCAAACUCUGGGAUAAAAUUAUUCCUAACACACAGUGUUACUGUCUCUAAUGUUGCUAUAAGAAAGAUUAUGAAGUUAUUGAUAAUGAUAAUUAUAAUGCUUGCAGUAGGAGUAUUCUAUGAAAAUAUACAUAUUUUUAUUGAGUGGGAAAAGGUGUUUUCCAGCUUUAAAAGCAACAUUAUAAAGUGCAUAUGUAAAAGCACAAAGGUGCUACUUCUGACAAAACAGAAAAAAAAACAAGAACAAGGAAAAAAGAUGAUUUUGUACAGCCACAGAGUAAUUUUGAAGUCUUUUUCAGGCCAAUUUUCAACUGCUCUUUGUAUAUGACAAAGUCUAAUCCCAGGAACUACAGAAAUAAAACACGUAUGUAAAUGAGAUGUUUGUAUGUAAACAGGGUAAAAAGAAGGAUUUUGAGGCACUUUUUUGCCCCCAUACAUGACACAUCUUUGUACGCUGUGGAGUAGAACAAAAAAAAAAAAAGGUGUGGGUUCCACUUGUCUUUUAACCCUGCGUGUACCUUUGAGCCACCCAUCAUCCUUCAGCCCACACUACACUGAGAAUCAAACAAGGUGAGAAGCAGAGACACAUCCUCCCUGUCCCCGGCUCUUUAAAUCAUUCACAUCACUACAUUCUGUCUCUUCAUUUCUAAAGAACGUUUCCUCCCCCAACCCACUAGACACAUUCAGUUGUGCUGUAGUUUGUACUAGGUUUUGUUUGUAUGUUCACCACCAGGAAAGGCCCUGCAUGCUGCAUCUAUCUCAGGCUUGCAAAGAUGAGGCUUCCUCUAAACAAUCAGCAGGGCUCAGACUCCGUUAAGUCAAACUGGCAGUCUGCUGCACUAUCCAGGCCCACCAGCUGAAGAGCACAGAGCUAAGCCUCCAUGUCGAGAGGACAGACCCAGCACAGACUUUCAUCAAGACAAAAGACACCAUGCGCCGUGCUGCUCCCCUGUUCUAAUUCAACACAGGACCCUUUCUAUGGAGAGAGAUUAGUGCUUAGAAAUACAUACAUUUUUAAUUUGACAUGUCGAUUUUGGAAAGACGACGCAGCUGAAUGCAAAGGCUGGAUAGCAAGUGAGAAUGGCCUAGAUGUAUUUUAUUUAAUUUUACCUUUAAAUCUACAGUUUUAGUGCGAUGUCACAUGUGAGUGAAGUUAUCACCAGCGAAUAUUCGCUUCCCGCUCACUUCCAUUCAAUGAAAGCAGACAACGCGUUCUCAUCCCACCUCGUCAAAUACUGGCACUUUGUCAGUGGACUUUCACAUCCAUAUAUGACAUGCUGACAUUCUAGGAUGCCAUGUCAAUUUACACUUGUUACAUCCAUUGUGUCUUUUCAAAAUACACUUCCAUUUUCACAGGAAAUUUUACAUGCAUACAGUCUUUUUCAAAAUAAACUAACAAUA